GUUUGGCCUAAAUCCUAUUAUUCGGGCACGGAGAAUAUCAUAGUGAAGCUUUUUCUGUAUUUGUUCAUCGAGAAUUGAUGUUGAGAGUGUUACGGUGGAGGACAAAGAUAAUCCCUCCGAAGAUCCAUACAUUCUGCGCAAUGUGCUUGGGAAUUGUCUCUGCAAGAGAUACUUUGCGUUGACGACUUAGAGAGUGUUUGCCUUGCGUAGAGCAGGUGACAAUUCUUGAGUCUGCAAUAUCUGCUCGUAUCACGAGUCUCAAAGUUGAAGAAGGAAUACAGCGUUUGCACGAGUCAAAGAGCAACGUCAGCGUUGCUCAGAAGAUUAUUGUCAAUCAUGCAGGACGUGACACCUCUUCAAACCAUCUGUUUACAAUGGUGUUAAGUCUUUCAUCAAUUUAUCUUUCCUUCUAUAAGAACGCCCAUGUCAAUAUGGUUAAAUUUCGCACACGUUCGCAUGAAGUUCAAACAUCUUCUGAAUGGCUGAUUCUGCUUUCGAUCACUUGUGGAUUUUUAUCAACUUUUGAAUGCUUUACUUUUUACUAAGCCACUUAUCUAUGAACGAUGCAACAUUAAGUUGUUGUGAGGUGACUUGACUUUACAAACAAGAAACGGCAUACGCACGCUAUAUUAAAGGCAGGAAAACGCUAGGCAGCGGUACAAAGAAAAGGUCCACAAAGGCUGGAGAAAAAGCAGGGCCAAAAGAAAAUGGAAGCUAUUAUCUGUUGAUAGUUCUCACGUCUGAUCUGAUGUAGUCUACAUGCGGAUCAUGAACAGGGUGUGAAUGGAAUCAGACUACGAGUUUGAAUGCGUUUGUUUGUAAGUUCGAGCAUGGUUGUAUGUCCGGCUCUAUAGAAUUGCGACGGAAUUAGCAAUAUACUCCUGUCUGUAUAUGGUUUUAGAGUUUCAUCAGAGCUCCGGCUUUUCAAGUUCUGGCCUUUUCAGAAGCACCGAACAUCAAGGGUCGUGUUCAACGUCGUUCAACGAGAACCUUUACGCACACCAAUCGGGAUUAUCCCUAAUUUGAAUUACGUGAAGCCACGAAGCAAUAAAUGGUGAAGACCACGGAUCAAGAUAUCCAUAAUCUCUUGAGACUUGAUUCCUGAUGCAAGAAUGUUGACCGUCAAUGCUGCUACUCCGACAUCACUGGCAAUUUUUACCAAUUUAGCAAACUUCCAGCCUUUGUCCUCUCAGGGAAGAAACAAGUGCCCAGGUUUACUCGAUCGUGACCCAAUCUGCGAUAAAGGGUUCAACUUGCCGUGUGACCAAACUGCUGAAGGUGCCCUCGCAAUUAGAGAAAAAUCACACAGUGCUUGCAACUCAACAUUACAAUUCAUCUCCGCUGGGUGGAUAGCAAGGCCUUCGGGCCAGUCCAGAACAAAAUUACGGAGCAAGAGUCAAGCGCUAGAGACCCCAAAUAGUUGUCGACGCUUGCUUGACUAUCUGGAGGCAAUUUUGACAAAUCUCCUCCCUCAGUCGUCGGGAAAGAACCGUCGUGAUGUCUCGCCAAACACAGCUUCCAGGGAGAAUCUGACCAUAUCUGGGCAAGCCAAAAACUCUCGGAGCCCCUGGCAUCCGUCCAACAUCAUCUUCGCAACAGAUUAUGACGUCACCUGUACCAUCGUGGAUUCCUGCAAAGUCCUAGUGCGGGCAGCAGAAGUGGCGGCCUUGAAGAGGCCUGGUAAGGACAUUGCAGUGCCAUGGCAGCCGGGAGAUUUCCUCAGAGACUACAAAGCUGCCUUGAGCCGGCACGCCGAGCGGACGAGAGCGAUCGUGCAGACCUUAUUUUCCGAACACAAGGUAUCGGAUAAAGGUUGCGAAGCAUCGUCUUGCUCGCCGCGAUCCGGUCGUGAUUCGUUCAUCCCUCAAGGUGAACAUGAAAUGAAACUCUCAGUGAAAGCUUUGUCGAACAAAAUCACCGACGGAGUGAAGCUAAACGAGAAACUAAGCCCUUACAGAGAAGCGGAGCUUCGUAUGGCUCUGACGAAACUUGCCAUGGUGGAGAUGAUGUGCAAUCAGGACGUGAACUCGCUCGGCGUUCUGCGCGGACCUACCCGAGAAGAGAUCCGAGCGGAGGCCGCUGUGCGCGUCCGUCUGAGAGCCAAUUGCUCCAAGGUUUUGCAGCGCUUGGCUCAGAGCGGAACACCAGUUCACGUUGUUUCUGCCAACUGGUCCCGAGAUUUAAUCGUGGGAGGGCUGCCGAAGUUGCCGGAUGAUAAAUUGUUCAUUCACAGCAACGACCUCGUGUUCGACUCCGCCGGUCGAUCGCUGGGGAUUAUCGACGGUAAGGUGGUGGAUGCCUUCGACAAGGAAGAGGUUUUGAGAGCUCUCCGGGGCUCCCGAGACGCGAAGACCUUUGCUGCUAGCAGAGGAAAAUCACAGCCAGAUUCUCGCCCUCGGCUGCUGCCUGCACCGCAUGCAGCAACUAAAGAGAUGGAUGACGAGGGAAAGUCGGUUCUGGUGUAUGUAGGUGACAGCCACACGGAUCUUCUGGGAUUAUUAGAUGCAGAUCUCGGAAUCGUGAUCGGAGAAAGUUUACUGAUGAGGCGGAUCAUGGCACUCUUCGGUAUCCAACUUCGUCCUCUGGCAGAAGCGUCUACUCGUAUUUCCGUGGCUCGUGUGUCCAACUCCAUGUUAAGUUACAGGAUGUCGGGCUACCUGUUCGAAGCCCGAACUUGGACUGAUGUCGAAACCUGCCUUUUCUGAGGCCAAGCAGCGAUCGACUUAGCCUCGAUUUCUGAUUCUGAGCAUGUCGAUUCCCAGACUUACUAAUCUGGAGCUCUGCUCAUUGAUGAUACUGGAAGCUCUGUUUUCAGUCCAUAGCGUGGAACUGCCACGACAGCAGUUAAGCUGAAGGGGACCUCGAGGUGAAGUUAGUGGAACGUCUGUUCAUAAGUUCAUCACAUUCUGAUGUUAUGAAUUCGGCUAACGUCCAUUGUUGUGAGGUAAUGGACCAAUCAAAACAAGACUUAGUACUAAAUAUUCAGAGUUUCACAAGAACUAGCUACUGUAACGUUAAAGAGGGGUUUAUUCAACUUGGGAAACAUUGUCAAUGCAUAUGUUUAUCUUUAUAAUCAUACAUAGAUCGUAGAUUCCUAACGUGAAUUAUUAUCCGGUUUGAUCAUGAACCUGAAAUUUCUCAAUCACGAGACACACAUUUUACGAGUACAAACCUCAUUAAAAUAUUUCUGAAACAUCGAUCCUAAGGACACAUAAUUUAUAGGGUACAUUACCUUGAAUCCGUUUCUCUUAUCAAUAUGAUAACUCAAAUAGUUCUUCUU